UUAAGACUAAUAUAUUGCUUUCUCCAGAUUUUUUUAUUGCGAUGGACUUCUCAAAGGCACAAUAGCACAGACGUACGUUUACAAAUACGCAAUGACGCAUGUAUGCAGAUAAAUGCACCAAGUUUGGCACAUGUUCAGAGAGUGAGAGGGGAGUAUGGCGGUGGGGAAGAGAGAGGGAGGACGUGCAGGUUGAAAGAUCCUUCUCGCAAUCUUGCUUUGAGGCGUCAUGGCUGCAGUAUAAAAAGCCGAGUCACUACGUCGGCACAUUUAGAUACGAGUACAUAUUUUAGACGGGCUUGCUUGACAACCUGCACGUCGAAAUGGGUCUUGGACUACUGCACGUUUGGCUACUAGUAUGGUUUGUCCUAGGGUAUUACAUCCCACAAGGCACGGGCACAUACCCCCCAUGUAGCAGCGGAUGCCCCGGGGUAUAUUAUGGUGGGCCGAAAGGUUGCUCCGAGUUGAUGUUCAGCUCAUCUAAAAAAUACCAAAUAUGUAAAGAUGCAAGUUCCUGGACUUCGGCACAAUGGUAUUGCAGAAACAAACUAGGUGGGAAUCUUGCCUAUAUUGGACCUAACAUGUACCAAGAGCAGAGAGCCCUGAACAGUGCUCUGGGAAGACACGGUAUCCGGUAUGCCUGGAUAAAGGGAUGCAUCAGCAGCGGAUAUCCCUCUAAUACAUAUGGGGUAUAUCAUUCAACCUACCAAAACCCCUCAAGGAUACCAUAUGGACGCUACAAAAGAGCAGGUGGUUGUUGCAGCAGUCUUGGCCUCAGUGAGUAUGGCACAGCUACCAUACGGUCACUGUCGUGUCAUUACGCACUGCCCUACAUAUGCCAGGUAAAUACAGAGUCGGGGUUCAAGAACCCUUGUCGAAACAGUGGAACAUACCACGUGGACCACUGCCAUUGUCCACCUGGAUUUGUCGGCUCCUUCUGUGAAACCAGCACCAGUUAUUGCGCCAGACCUGGUAUAUGCAGUGGACGAGGGAAGUGUUAUGACACGCACAACUUUAAUGGUUACAUAUGUAAAUGUGACAGUGGUUUUACGGGAAGAAAUUGUGAAACAAACAUAGACGAUUGCCGGUCAGAUAGGUUAAAGUGCAGUGGGCGGGGGAGGUGCAUUGAUGGGGUGAAUUACUACACUUGCUCCUGUGACAAAGGAUUUACUGGAAAGAACUGUGAACGCAACGUCAACGAUUGCGAUUUACACCCCUGCAGCGGACAAGGAUGGUGCCAAGAUGGCAUCAAUAGUUACACGUGCCAUUGUAAUGCUGGGUUUACUGGCGUGGAUUGUGAGGUUAAAAUAAACGAAUGCGCCAGCAACCCAUGCCACCAACAGCAAGGGACGUGCGAGAGCUUGUUGGGCAGUUAUAAAUGCCAUUGUCGCCCAGGGUUUACGGGUGAAACUUGUGACGCCAAUAUAGACGAAUGUCAAUCUCAACCAUGUAAGAAUAACGCCACAUGCAACGAUGAUAUUAACAGCUAUUCUUGCUCAUGUGCACUUGGCUUUACCGGUUCUAACUGCGAAACCAACAUUAACGAAUGCGCGUCUCAGCCGUGCAAGAAUAACGCCACAUGCAUUGACGAUAUUAAUGAAUAUUCAUGUUCAUGUGCAUUUGGCUUUACCGGUUCCAACUGUGAAACCAACAUUAACGAAUGCGCAUCUCAACCGUGCAAGAAUAAGGCCACGUGUAUUGAUGGCGUGAAUAGAUUUACAUGUGCAUGCAAACCUGGAUUCGCCGGUCGUACAUGCCAAACCAAUGUUGACGAAUGUGCGUCUAACCCUUGCAAGACUGGUGCAACAUGUAUUGAUGGUGUGAAUGGAUUCACAUGCUCAUGCAAACCUGGUUUUACCAACCGUACAUGCGAAACCAAUAUCAACGAAUGUGCAUCUAACCCUUGCAAGAAUGGUGGAAUGUGUAUAGAUGGUGUGAAUGGAUUCACAUGCUCAUGCAAACCUGGUUUUACCAACCGUACAUGCGAAACCAAUAUCAACGAAUGUGCAUCUAACCCUUGCAAGAAUGGUGCAACAUGUAUUGAAGGUGUGAAUGGAUUCACAUGCUCGUGCAAACCUGGAUUUGCCGACCCUACAUGUGAAACCAAUAUCAACGAAUGUGCAUCCGACCCCUGUCAGAACGGAGCAACAUGUGUAGAUGGCGUUAACAGGUAUAACUGUGUAUGUCCGGAUGGGUAUACUGGUUCUUUGUGUAAAAUCGAUAUAAACGAAUGCGUGUCCAACCCUUGUAAGAAUGGUGCAACGUGUAUCGAUGGUGUGAAUGAGUAUACAUGCUCGUGUCUCGCAGGAUUUUCAGGCUAUAUCUGUGAAACUAACGUCUAUGAGUGCAAAUCAAACCCUUGCCAAAAUGGCGGUAGUUGCAAAGAUGCAAUCAAUGGAUACAUCUGCACAUGCCCAUCCGGAUCUACUGGAACAAACUGUGAGACUGAUAUCUAUGAGUGUGCCUCUAAUCCGUGUAAGAAUGGUCUUUGUUUCGAUGGUAUAAACAGUUUCACUUGUAUAUGUGGCUCUGGUUUUGCUGGUCCCACGUGCCAAAUCAACAUAAACGAAUGUGCCUCCAACCCUUGUAAGAACGGCGCAACUUGCACCGACGAUAUUAACAGAUACAAAUGCAAUUGUUUAACGGGAUAUAUUGGUUUGCAUUGUGAAUCCAAUGUCGAUGAAUGUUCUUCUAAUCCCUGUGGUAGCGGGAGUACCUGCUUGGAUGGUAUAAACGGAUACACCUGUAACUGUCCAGUUGGUUAUACAGGGACUAACUGCCAGACAAACGUUGAUGAAUGUUCAUCUAAUCCCUGUGGUAGCGGGGGUACCUGCUUGGAUGGUGUAAAUGGAUACACCUGUAACUGUCCAGUUGGUUAUACAGGGACUAACUGCCAGACAAACGUUGAUGAAUGUUCAUCUAAUCCCUGUGGUAGCGGGGGUACCUGCUUGGAUGGUGUAAACGGAUACACCUGUAACUGUCCAGUUGGUUAUACAGGGACUAACUGCCAGACAAACGUCGAUGAAUGUGCGUCUAACCCCUGCAGCAAAGGACUAUGUCUCGACGGAAUCGACAGUUUUACUUGUCUUUGUCCAGAUGGAUAUGCGGGGCCAACCUGCCUGAUAGACAUUGAUGAAUGUUCCUCUAACCCAUGCUUAAAUUAUGGUACUUGUGUGGAUAAGGUGGACGGAUACACGUGUAUUUGUCCUGCUGGUUACAGUGGAGACACGUGUGGAGUAUUAACACCUACCAGUACCAGUACCACCACGACUCUGCCCACCACGACGGUUACAAAGGCGAAAAAAGAUCCUUGCCAUCCGAACCCUUGCCCAGAAAAAGAACCAGGACAACCAAUUAUGUGUCAACUCUCUAACGGGGGCUAUGAGUGUAUUCGGCCCAAUGACUACUGCUUGGUGAACAACACCUUAUACAAAAAUAUGGAAACUUGGGGAAUCGGUUGUGAGAAAACCUGCCACUGUAUCAAGGCUUCAGUGAACUUCUAUUACUGUGAACCUAAGUGCAGCACUGAUUGGAGAGCAGUUGGAAUCCCAUCCGGGUGUAAACUGAAUCCUCCCAAACCCGGGGAAUGUUGUGAAACGCUGAAUUGCGACCAGCUUACACCCCUGCCUUAGACACGGAAGGACAAUUCGCAGUUGUUCGAAAUUACACUCAGAUUAAUAAAACUUGUGGAGGGCAAUGAUAAGAAUGGAUCUUUUUGAUAACAUUUAAGUCCUUAUAAUAUGUAUAAUGGCCGUAUUGGGCUGAGGCAAAUCAAGCUGUAUAAUGAUUGAUGGUUUAACUCCCUUUGUUAAAAAUAUGUGAAUUAAGGGCAUCGAAACGCAUUUUAGCUAUAUGGAUGGUGUAGCGAAUCAGGAUUAACGGUUGCCAAUUUAAAUCUCCUUCCAAUAGUUUGCAAACUGAUGUUAUUUCCGCAUAUGCUCUACAGUGUAUAAGGUCAGGCGUUAAAGGGAUAAUAACUCUUCGUAUGAGAUCUAUAUUUCACAAUAAAAACAUUG